GGCAGGAAGGGUGCACAUCUGGGGUAGCAGAGAGGCGCAGCUGGGUGCGACCGCAGAGCUGAGAGGGACGGCGGCGAGCGGCGAGCGGGACUGGGAGGGCUGAAGGAGGCGGGAGCCAGCUGGAAGGGGCUCCAGGGGGAGGGAAGGAGCAGCUGGACGUGGGGGUGAAUCUGAGGUGAAGAAACCCAUCUGAGGACAAGGGACCAUGUUUGGAGCGAAGCCGCACGUUGGGGAGAAUGACCCCUCAGGCCCCCAGGAUGGAGCUGCCAGAGCCCCCACCCUGCACAGUGGUGGGGAAGGAGGAAGAGGAGCUGCUGAAGCAAGCCUUCUUCUCCUGGGCUGAAUUCAGCCGCUUCUUCGACAAAUGGUGCCAGCAGCGGUUGGUGAUGUUCUCGGUCAAGAACUCCACGCGUGUGGCUCGCAGCCCCUGGGCCGGUGUGCCCCCACUCUACAGGCUCAUCCACGUGCUCAAGUACAGCUACGUGCUGCUGGUGUGCAAGGAUGUGCACUCACCCAACCAGCCUGCAGAGUGGUCCUGCCAGCCCAGCUGCCCGGCCUUCAUCACCCUCAAGCUGAGCCCGCUGCGGGACCGCCUCGUGGUGUCAGAGUGCCAGCUCACCCACUCACACCCAGCCUGCCCACGCAGGUUCGCCUACCACUUCCGCCCGGGCCACCUGCUGGCCAACGCCUGCCUGCCGGUGCGCAUGACCAACCGGAUCUCCAAGCAGUUCGUGGCGCCAGACGACGUGCGCCGCCUGCUGUCCUACUGCAAGGGCCCUGACCAUGGUGUCCUGGAUGCCCUGCACGUGCUGGAGGGGCUCUUCCGCACCGACCCAGAGGCCAAGGUGAAGCUGGUGUUCGUGGAGGACCAGGCGAUGGUGGAGACUGUGUUCUUCCUGACGUCUCGCACCAGGGCGCUGCUGCGGCGCUUCCCACGCAUACUCCUGGUGGACCGGCUGCCGGCGCUGCAGGGCGUGCUGGACCUGCUGGCGGUGCUGUGCGUGGACGGCGCGGGCCGCGCGCGCCAGGCCGCCUGUUGCGUGGCACGCCCGGGCACGCCAAGCCUCCUGCGCUUCGUGCUGGUCUCGCUGCUGCAGAGCGCGCCCGACGUCAAAGGCCGCGUGCGCUGCCUCACAGCUGGGCCCGAAGUGGCGGCACAGCUGAGGGCCGUGCGCCAGUUGCUGCCUUGUGCGCGCGUACAGAUCUGCCGCGCACAGGGCCUGGAGACGCUCUUCAGCAAAGCACAGGAGCUGGGCGGGGCCAGCCGCGAGGACCCAGGCCUGUGGCCGCUCCUGUGCCGCCUGGCCGGCGCUUCGUCCUAUGCCGCCUACUCCGAGGCGCUGGCUGAGCUGCGUGCCCAGGGCCCAGACGCCUUCGUCAAAUACUUUGACCACAACUGGGCGCCCCGCCACGACAUGUGGGUGCGUUUCCGUGCCUAUGAGGCGUCCCGAGACCUGGACGCCUGCGCCCUGGUGCGUGGCCACCGCAGGCGACUGCUGAGCCACCUCAGCCCUUCGCACAGCGUGGCGCAGUGCCUUCGUGACCUGGUGGCCAUGCAGUGGGCCGACGCAGCUGGGGAAGCAGCCUCUGAGGGCGCUGAUGGCCGGGGGGUGUGGCUGGACAGCCAGCUGAGGAGUGGGGCCCAGGUGGAGGCGGGGAGGGGCCUGGAGACCAGUGACAAGGGAGGGGUCCAGCCAGAAAGGGAGAAGGGGCGGGGUUUGCAGAGGAGAGAUUGGCCCGGGCUCAACUUGGAGAACCGGAAGGGGAGGGCGCUGGAAGGGAGUGUCUGGGGAGGGGGCCCGUUGGAGAGAGACCACCCGAGAGGGCCCGAGGUCAGGGACUGGAGGGGACCCCACUUGGAGGAUGGAAGCUUUAGGGUGCUGGAGAUCACAGACCCGAGGGGAUCGCAGUUUAAAUCAGAGCGAGCCGGGUCUUUGGAAGGAAAUCUCUGGAGGGGCUUCCAGCUGCAGGAUGAAAGGGCAAGCGUGCUGAGGGCCCGAGACUGGAAGAGACCCGAGUCGGAAACAGACAAGGGGAGAGGGGUCGCUGUCAGAAACUGGCGAGAGAUCCACUUGGAGAAGCCUUUGGAGGUGGUUCCUGAGAACGGAGACCAGAGGGGGGCCCAGUGGGCGGAUGAGGAGCGGAGAGGACCUGAGAUUGCAGAGGCGCGAGGAGGACGGUUAGGGGUCAAACGGAGACGGGGCCUGGAGGACCUAGUUGUAGUCCAGCUGGGAGAUGCGAAGGUCACAGGCGUGGCAAAUGGGGAUGGAGCGGGAGCCCGGCCUGUGGGCUCCAAGAGCAGAGCGGGACGUGGGAUAGAGUGGGGGGACCCAGGAAGAAGGUGUCCAGGGCUGGGGAAUGGAGUCCGGGAUGCCACCCCUAGGGGGACCGUGUUGGAAGGGAACCCACAAUGGGCAGUGAUGAGGAGCGGGUCCCAGGCUGCAGGGGAGAGCCUGCAAGAUGGAGGCGAAGGCCCACGGGGACCAAAGAGGCUUUGCUGCCCCUCCAGAGAGGAAGGGAUAGACUGGGAGCCACUGGCUAAAUUCCGGGCAGCCUGUGGGCCGGAGCUGGCAGACCUGGUGGCCGAGGAGCUGGCCUUUGCCAGGCAGCAUGGCACCCGGGGUUUCCACUGGACCGGAACUUGCUUUGCUCUUAAAGACGGCUCCUCAGACUUCUUCUUGGAUGGGGCCCUCACGUACUGCAGCUGCUCAAUCCACGCUGCCCGUCGCUUGCCCUGCCGACACCUCUUUGCAGCACGUCUCCUCACUGGGGCCGCCUUAUUUCACAUGGACCUGCUCAGGGAUUGCUGGGGGACAGCCGAAGAGCCCUGACCCUUCAGUCUCCUGCCUGCCACCCUCCGUGUGGAGGGCAGGCAUUCUUUUAUCCCAAAGAUGAUAAUAGGGCUAAGCCACUGAGGCACCCCUGUCCCUCUGGCCACCUCCUGGGUCAUCCCGGGACCUUAUCUUGGCAAAUUGCCUCUCGGGCUGAAGGAGAAGCUGAGAGUGUUCUCUGAGGUCCUGGAGCCACAGCUGUAGAAAAUGCUGGUGGCCAGGUUGGGCCCAGAGGGCUCAGGAGAGGCACGUGUGAGGAGAGGGUAGACAGGGCCAGGCCAAGACAAGAAGAGGGCAGAACUGGGAGAAGGAGCAGGGGAGGACAGCAGGACGCGGGGAGACUGGCAGGAGUACACUGGUCGUAGGGAUUGGAGGGCCGAAGGUGGAAAAGCAGGGGACAAAAGGUAAAGGGAUCACAAGGACAGGUGAGGGGAACAGGCAGAAGGGGAGGAAAAUGGCGGGGAGAGGACAAGAGAAGAGGCAGAAAUGGAGAGGAAAGGAGGAAACAUGGCAAGGUGGGAAGGGAGGGCAGACAAGAAGGGGAGGAGACAGGAGAAAAAAAUUUAAAACGAGACGAAAGAAUGACAAGGGAUAUGGAGAGAGAAGACGCAAGAACGGGGUGGUUGGGGUGUUUGUCCAAGAUGUUGAUACUGGGCUUCCCUGGACCUUCUGGUUCUUCAUUAGAAAAUGAGAGAAGGCGCUGGGGGUCUGGAGGGAUGAGCUGGAGGCUCCCCUGGGGAGGGACCUGUCUGCAUUGUUAAAGACUGGAAUAAAACAGUAUUAUUUUGGUUUC